CUAAAGAAACCUAUUUUAGAAACUUUCAAGAGAAACUGGCCCAGAUCCAACUUAUCUUGAAGGACAAGCUGAGGAUCUUGCUUCAUUUGUGUCAGUCCCAGGAGGAUGUGGAGUUGGCUAAAAAUGUCAUUCACAGGUACCAUGCAGAAAAUAGAAAUUACACUGUUGAUAGAGAUGAAAAGCCAGAAUGCAAGGUCCAACCAAGAUAGCCAUGUCCUUGCUUUUGCAUUGUGCUCCAAGCUGAACAGCCCAGAAUCUUUUAAACCCUGUACUACCUUAAGAGAAGAUGCCUUCAUCAAAGGAGACAUUCUCUUCAGGAGAGUGUGCUGUUUUACUGUGGCGUUAGCGCUGAAUCAAAAUGAAGUAGCCAAAGCUCCAUCUAUAUUUUCUCAAAUCAUGAGUCCAGAGAGCACACCCUGCACCAAUUUAAAUAUUAUGAUCCAUCUCCAGUCAGAUAUGUUGGAACCCCUCAUGGAGAUACUACAAGGUGCUGCAAAAGGAAGUUUAUCUCAAUUUGUGAAAAGACAGGAGUUCUUCAAGGAAGUGCUGGCCAAAGUGAGGGAAGAAGAAAAGGAUGUGCCUAGCCUUGCACCCAGAUUUGAUGAGGUCUACAGAAAACUGCAUGUACAUGGCCAGGUGACUUCCUACACUCUGGAUGCUCUUCUCUGA